GAGAUGUGUCAUGUCACCGACCCAAUAAGACUCCUACAAGAAAGUGACAUUACAGUAUGUGGUCAUGGAGAUGAUGAGGACACAGGGGGAGAUGGUGGAGAGGGCAGGUCUGAGGAUGAUCUGGAUGAGGUUCUGAUCUCACUGACCUUACACCGAUCUAUGAGGGAUAUUGUCACCAAUGUCACAUCAGAGCUCGGGCUCCAUGUUCCAGACAUAUUGCUGGAUGAGGACACUGCUCAUAGACGUGUGAAGAUAUCAGAAGAUCUGAAAACAGCAACAAGAACAGAAGAAGAACAGGACAGACCAGAAUCACCGGGAAGGUUCCUGCAUUGUACCCAGGUGUUAAGCAGAUGUGGCCUCUCCUCAGGAAGACAUUACUGGGAGGUAGAGUGGAACCUGAAAGGAGAAUGUGACAUCGGACUGUCCUAUCCCAGUAUAGAAAGGAAAGGAGAUGAGUCUGGUAUUGGAGAUAAUGAUAAAUCUUGGUGUUUGUAUAUGUCUGGUGCAGGAUGUGAAGCGUGUCACCGCUCAGUCAGAUUCCCCCUCAGUGUAGAUACAACAUGUCCUAGACUUGGGGUCUUCUUAGACUAUGAGGCCGGGCGUCUGUCCUUCUAUCAGCUGUGUGACCCCAUCAGACACUUACACACCUUCACCGCCUCCUUCUCUCAACCCCUACAUGUUGUCUUCUGUGUGUGGGAUGGAGCCUCUGUUAGAAUAAUAAGCUGAGGCCGAUGCGUCCACGUCCCGUUAUAAUCUCCGCCUAUAAGUCACUAUAUAGCGCUGUAUGGGCGGAGCCUCCGAUCACACAAUGUAUAUGGCGGCUCUAUGGGGGGGGGUUACUGUGCGAUUAUUUUAUAUUCCUUGGAGAUCAGAUCCAGAAUCGAUGCUUGAGACAAAUGAAAAGUUACGUCGUCUGCACACGAGUUCGGGUGAACGCACAUCAGACCCGCAGCGUAUCCGCACCAAUACCUGCAAUGUGUGAUUACGGUUUUUGGUGCGGAUAAGAUGCGGUUUUCCACUGAAAAGGGUGAAAUCCGCAGCUAAAACCACAAACAUAACUGACGGGCCACAGAUCUGGGAAUCCGCACGGAAAUAAUCGGCGAAGUGUACGUGAU